AUGGCUAUCUGGGGUCUUUGGGUCAUAAACAAAGCUGGAGGGCUUGUGUACCAACGGAACUUCGGAGCAGAUGGACUACCCCACCUGACCUCGAACGAGUAUCUAGUGCUUGCUGGUACCCUGCACGGUAUUCAUGCCAUUACGAGCCGACUGUCACCCACAGGCGCGAGCUCUGGUGCUCAAACCAUCUCGGGCGAAACAUUUAAAUUGACCAUUCUCCUGACCGCCACCGGUACCAAAUUUGUUUUGCUUACAUCGCUUGCUGAGCCUACCGCAGACAGUGUUCUGCAGAAGGUCUACGAAGCAUAUGCUGAUGCGGUUAUGAAGAAUCCGUUUCACACCCCAGAAAUGCCUAUUCGGAAUGAAGGCUUUGAUGCUCGUAUCAACGCGUUGCUCGGCUCAUAA